GUCGUCCCAUUGGAUGAUGGAGCACACAUUCGGAUUCGGGGUGGAGCAGCCCGAGCAGCCAAAAGGGAGGAAAAAAUGUGAAGGGUGAAAAAAAAAAGUUCCUUGCUGUGUAGACUCAUGCUCCUCCAGCCUUCUUAGUUUCCCAAAUGUUCAGUGCAGCAGUGCGCGCGCUCUCCGGUUCACCGUGGCGAACUGUGGCUUAAAAGGGACUUCCACGCGACACAGAGAGAAGAGAGAACUGUGAGAGAAUCGGAGCACAAGCUGAAGUUGUGACAGUUCGUGGGGGGAAGCAGUUUGGGAGGUUUUACUCAUUGCGCAGGAUGCAGGCGCGCUACUCCGUGUCCAGUCCCAACUCUUUGGGAGUCGUACCCUACAUCAGCAGCGACCAGAGCUACUACCGGGCCGGCGGUGGAUACACCGGAAUGCCGGCGCCUAUGAGCAUGUACUCACAUGCGGCCCACGACCAGUACCCGGCCAGCAUGGCCCGGGCGUACGGACCGUACACCCCUCAGCACCAGCCGAAGGACAUGGUCAAACCUCCUUACAGCUACAUCGCUCUCAUCACCAUGGCGAUCCAGAAUUCACCGGAGAAAAAGAUCACCCUGAACGGGAUUUAUCAGUUCAUCAUGGAGAGGUUCCCCUUCUACCGGGACAAUAAGCAGGGCUGGCAGAACAGCAUACGACACAAUCUGUCCCUCAACGAGUGCUUUGUCAAAGUGCCCCGGGACGAUAAGAAGCCCGGUAAGGGCAGCUACUGGACCUUGGACCCGGACUCCUACAACAUGUUUGAGAACGGCAGCUUCCUGCGGCGCAGAAGGAGGUUCAAAAAGAAAGACGUGCAGAGGGAGAAAGAAGACCGGGACAGGCAAGGCAAGGACCCCUCUGCGCGUAACGCCGGCCGGGAGCAGGACCCCCCGGGCCAGGGCUCUCAACCGGUGCGGAUUCAGGACAUUAAGACUGAGAACGGGACCUCCACGCCGCCUCAGGCCGCGUCCCCGACCCUGGGCGCCGUGCCCAAGAUUGAGAGCCCCGACAGCAGCAGCAGCAUGUCAACAGGCAGUCCGCACAGCGUCCCCUCCACCAGGUCACUCAGCAUGGAAGGACCCGAGCACCACCACCACGGCCAGGCCGCGGCGCAGGGCUUCAGCGUGGAUAACAUCAUGACCUCCUUGCGGGGGUCUCCGCAGGCCGAGCUUUCCCCACCUCUCAUCGCGUCCUCUCGGACCCCGUCACUGUCGCUCAACUACUCCCCUAACCAGACCUCCGCCUACAGCUCCACGACCUGCAACCAGAACGUCAUCUCCACGAGCUCCAACGCCACUUAUCAUUGCAACAUGCAAGCCAUGAGCCUGUACGCGGGGGACAGAUCCUCCGGUGGCCACCUGGUGCCAUCCACCACGGUGGAGGAGGCUCUGCCCGACUAUUGCAUCACCACGACCACCGCGUCCCCGCUCGGGCACGGAAACCUGAGCCAGGCGGGCCAGGACAGCCACCACUCGCACCAGGGCCGGCUCGCGUCCUGGUACGGGGACCUGAGCCACUUGAGCCCGGGUUACCCGGCGCAGCAGCAGAACUUCCACUCAGUGCGGGAGAUGUUUGAGUCCCAGCGGAUCGGGUUGAACGGCUCCCCGGUCAACGGGAAUAAUAGCUGUCAGAUGGCGUUCCCGUCCGGCCAGUCCAUCUACCGCACCUCAGGAGCUUUUGUUUAUGACUGCAGCAAGUUCUGAAAGCCAAAAUUCUCUUUUAAAUUAAUAACUCUAAUAUAUAUUUUCUAUAUUUUUUUGUACCUUUGGUCUUUCAUUCACACUCCGAAUGGACAUGAGAGAUUCAGAGACUUUUUUUUUCUUUGUCGAGAGCUGUGUAACACCAAAACACGUAGGAAGAGUUACCAGCAGCCUCCAUCAGGACCAGAGCCGCUCCGCAUCCAGGUCUGCGCGCACACGGCGCCCCAGAAAUGUGGAGACACGUUUGAGAGCGGGACUGUGGGACUCCUGGUCCAUUUCCUGACGAAUACAAGAGCGUAGUGUGCUCACAAAUAAGAAAACCCCUGGAAAGCCGGAGCGAGCAGAGAGGAGCCAGCCGACCUCUGCGCAACCUGGGCACCCUUGACGCGCGUACACACGCUCUCUCUCUUUAUCUCUGUCUCUCUUUCACACACACACACAAACGCACACAUAUUACCUACCUAACGCACAUGCCUGCAUUUUAAACCCGGAUAAGGAUUUGCUGCUUUCUCAUAUCUCCAUUCCUUAUCCUACAAGGAUAAAUUAACAGAAAACCACCAGUUCUAUUAGCGACCUGAGGCCUUCUUUAUCAUGUUUGGUGUAGCAACAGAAAGCAAAUACAUAAAGACAACACGUUAAAAGGUCAGUCUUUAUUGUACCAAAUGGUUCAUCUGUUCAUUUUAAUAAAAGAUAAAAUCGCCAUUCAUUGUAUUUAUUUAUAUAUUCCUCCAUGUCAUCCUCUGAAUGAAUCCAUUUCAACUUUGACACCUAAAUCGAUGAAAACAAAUACACAUAUAAAUAAACCCCUAAAACUUGCCCUCUAUUUAAAUUCUGACAUGAUCCGUGUUGAAAUGUAAAAACCAUAUAUGCUACAUAAUAAAACAAAAUCAAAACAACAUGAUAUCAUAAUACCAGAAAUAGACACUAGACACAAAGGCAGCGAAUGGUUUACACUAACAUCCUUAACAAAGAAGACACAAUUACUUCAUUUGGAAAAGUCAUAAAGGUCAAAAUAAAACAUGGUCCUUCCAUUGCAAGUCUCAGUGGCAGAACACUGGAGUGCUAAAAUAUUGGUGCCCUGCAUGGACUGACUGAUUUGGCCUCAGGCAUUUGGAUUUUUCUUCAUUAGCUCGAUGUCUGCGUCCACCAUCUCCUUCACCAGGUCCUGCAGAGGGACACAGACAGGUUUCUACAGAGUGCCAACAUGAAUGUCGGAAGGCUGAUACCUUUGAUGGCAAUGAUAGACAGAUAUAAAUCUCUAGAAAAACACUGUAGGUCCAGUGAUAGUAAAAAAUGAUUGUCUUUUUAGUGGUUUAAACUUGGCCUACUAUUAAAUAAGAACUCCCUGUGACACACAGUCAGAGCUGUAAUUCAGCUGAACAAAAACAAUAAAUUCAUGUGUAUUUGAGUAUUAGCAGUUGUAUGACUGGACAACAAUCCAUCAUUUAUUGACUGACUUUUGGCCAUAUUGUUAUGAUAUGAGCUCAGUUGAAAUGUGUCCACAGCACAGAGUUGAAAACUGUCAAGUACCAAAAACUGGCAUCAAAUGUCUGCUUUUUAAAUAAAAACGUUCACUAUUUUGUUGAAGUUCUUCCACAGCUGAUGUUCAGUAAACCUGCCUUCUUCUUCUUCUUAAUGAAAAAAUAAAGGUUUCAUUGACAAAUAUGUAAAAUCUUUUUUCUUUUUUUUCCUUUUGGUAUCGAUACUGAAACUCAACUCAACUCUUUUUUUCUGUAUGACCGUAUGAUACAUUGUGUGAGUAAUUUGCAAAAAUCUGUUUUCUAAAGUAGUGACUUUAAACAAUUCUUAUUUCAAAAUGUGGUCAAAAGUGACUUGAGGUUUUGUUUUACAUGUGAGAAAAGUUUCAGCUGAUUAAAUGCUGCAGGAAAAGUGUAUUUGAUUUUAACAUCAAGUGGAUUUUCAAAAAAAUAUAAACUUGCUUUUUUUAAAAAUAAAAAAUUCUAUUUUUGUA